AUGGGUCCCGCAGCUGAAUUGGACUCCCAAGAGGCGCCAGCUAAACAAAGGCAAGGCUUGCCUCAAUUGCCGGUGUGUACGACUGGCUUCCUGAACGCUCGCGACUCAAACUAUCUCUCAGGCGCAGGAAAGUCGUACGCAGUCUCGAGUGUUGUCCUCCUGUUCAAUGCAAAUCUUCGGACUAGAAAUGCGACGCCAGGAGACCGAUCUGCACUCCGUGCGAGAAAUUCACCGGUGGUGGAUGCAUUGAUUGCGAAUAUUCGGACACCGGCUUGGCUCAAUCGCAGGUUCUUGAAGGUCGGGCUUCGUAACCUCUGUCUCGAGUGUGACCAGCUCAGUCUUGAAGCAGAGCAAAUCGCGCUUGUUCAAAUGCGGAUACGCGAGUUGGAACAACCGGAGCUGCAGAACGACCUGGUCAACCUGCAGAAUCCGUUCGCGGAGACUGCACAGAGCCAAAACAACUGGGAUCCUUUGCCCGAAACGUCUGGAAUAGCCUAUGGAAUGUUAAUCGAUGCCUUUAUGGCACAGGCCAAAUCCCUAGGAUUCUUUCUGAAUCCUCGUCUUUUCGACCCUCUUCUGGCUGGAGAGAUCCCAAGCCAGCUGGUCAACCCUGCCCUUCUGAAUGCAAUCUGUCUUUGGGGAGCCGCACUUCUUAACGACUCGGAUCUCGAGUCCACGAUGCUUACUUGCGCCGUGCAGGCUGUGUCGUCGGGUCUGGCCAACGCACACAGCGCGAUCAUGGUUCUCCAGACCCUCCAAGCCUCGCUGCUCCUGUCGCAAUACUUUUUCCACCGCGCACGAUUGCUGGAAGCGCGCUACCACGCGACGUGUGCGCUGUCCAUCGUCCUGGGCGCCGAGUUCCAUAAAAUCCGGUCGGCGACGGCAGCGCGGACCGGUCUGUCCGAGAUGACGCCCGCGGUGACCAUGCUGGAGGAGGGCGAGCGGAUCAACGCGUUCUGGGCUGUCCUCGCACAGAAUUGCUGCUUGUCCGCGAUUGCGGAUCCCACGUCUGGAUCGAGUGUGAGCUAUGACGUGGUCGAUGUUCCGUGGCCGUUGGAACUGGAGGCGUACGAGAUUGACUCGACCCUUCUUCCCAUCCAAAAUUGUGGAACGAUCACGAAACUCCUGUCGAGCCGUGUUGACCAAGGCCGUUCGACUCCAGCGCUUCAAGCCAAAUCAGCCAUUCUCUUCGAGCGAGCGUCGCUCCUCUGCGCUCAAGCCACCGAUCAGACUGUGUUUUCCGCGCAGCACAUCGGCUUGAACCACUCCAUCGAGUCGUUGAAGCAGGCGAUACUCGCCACCAGCAACCGCACUCCGGGUCUCUCGCUGGCGCAUACAUUGGCGCAUGCAGCGACGCUGCUGCUCCAUCAGCCGUUUGCUGACAGAUACGACGAAUCGCGGCAGUGCAUGCUGCGCUCGUGCCGAGCCAUCGUGGAGUUCGGACGCAGCCAGGAUUGGACGUCGGCGGAAUAUGUCGAUCCGGUGCUCGGGACGAUCUGGUCGCUCGCUAUCAACGUCCUGGUUUCGGAGAUCGCGCGACUGAAGCACAGAGGCAGUCCCGCUAGCCGCAACAUGUUGCGUCAGUUCAACCAAGCUGGCGUGGACGUCUUAUCGGCCAUGACAAGCGGAGCUGCGAGUUCGAAGAUGAUAGAGAUGCAGCUGGCUGCGGUGAGAGAGCACUGGCAGCGUGUGAUGGCCAGCUAGGUUUGAAAAGGUAACUGUCUCCAGGAGAUUCAUGCGCCUUCUAUUUAGUAAAUACGAACGAUCUACUCCUAAGUGCCUGAUCGGCUGCCGCAGGUUUGCAGCAGAAUUAUUCUGCGGCAGAAUAGGUCACAGGUUGUCACACUGAUGUAAUGCGAUUCCGACCUGUCUGUAUACCACGACGGGGCCUGCGUAUCUGUGCUCUCCAUGCCCGUAACACGUACGAAACGCGUCCACCGCUAUCAAAAACAAGCUGCGGCAAAGCGCGAUGAGCUCCAGGCAGUCAAGUCUCAGCGAUCUGCCCUGCAAAUGGCCGCCCUUGCAGUGAUCUUUUCGACGAGCACGGCUUUCUCUCUCGGCAUUCCUGUACCCAUGCACACCUCCGUGCUCAGUGGGCUUGCGUGGCUGGAUGAGAUUUUGGCCGGACAUCCAAUGCGGUGCUCGCGCGCGCUAGGGAUGAGCGCAAUCCAGUUCUGCCUCUUGUAUGGGGAGCUGCUGUCCAUGCGAGCUAUUGAAGAUAGCCGCUACAUCUGCGGCCAAGAGCAGCUCGCAAUCAUGGUAUAUUGGAUGGUUCAUGGCAGCAGUCAACGGGAGUUACAAGAGCGGUUCCAGCCAUCAGGCAACACAAUCAGCCGCUACGUUAACCGCGGUCUGAUUGCACUGACAGAUGUGUUCUAUCAACGUUAUGUCUGCCUCCCUGCCAACGAAACCCCGGAGACCAUUUGCAAGAACCCAAGAUACUACCCUUUCUUUCGCUACUGUCGAGGAGCUGUUGACAGCGUCCAUGUCCUUGCAUAUGCAUCUGCGGAUCACCUAGCUCGCCAUCGGGACCGACAUGGACUCAUCACACAGAAUGUACUUGCCACAUGCGACUUUUCCCUCCGCUUUUUGCACGUCAUGCCUGGGUACAAAGGCACUGCAGGUGAUGGGUUGCUGUUCCAGGUUGCUCGUGAGAAUGGAUACACCCUUGAGGUUGGUCGCUUCUACCUAGCUGAUGCCGGAUUCCCCAACUGUGAUAUUCUGAUGACACCAUAUCGCGGAGUGAGGUACCAUCUGAAAGAGUGGCGCACAGGAAAUCAAUGACCGAGGAACCCACAAGAGCUGUUCAACCUUCGCCAUGCUAGACUGCGCAAUGUGAUUGAGCGGAGUUUUGGCGUCAUCAAGCGAUGUUUCCCCAUUUUGACAUCGCAACGAGAAUUUGGCUACUGACAGCAGGCACUGAUGGUUGGAGCCUGCACAGCAUUGCACAAUUUCUUGCGUGUUCACCAAUCGCUUCAAGAGAUUGAAGACGAGGAGGGUUACGAUGUACAUGGUGAUCCAUAUCUGGCAGGGCCUGGGAAUCGUGCUGGGCCCAUGAUCCUGCUUCAAGCAGUUGACAAAGCAGAGAAGCUCAGAGCUGAUGCGCGACAAGAUCGGAUAGCGGAGGCAAUGUGGCACAAGUUUGUGGCAGAUCGCCCAGAGCUCAAUGUGUAGAAUACAAACGGAUAUGUAUUGGAUGGCAGUACAGCUGGAAGAAUCAUUACAGGAAUUACACGGGCAUUACAACAUGACAAGGCGAGACUGGGAUAAGGAAUGGACAAAGCAGUGAGAGGUAUGAUCAUGCGAGUGUAUAAUGCAAGGAUGCGAUAAGUAGUCAAGUGGAGGUGGCGGCAUUAGCUAUGACACGUGCAAUAUGGGCCUUACGGCGCUGGUGAUCCUUCUCACAGAUGAGAAUACGAGCCAUGACCGGCUCGCAGCUCAAAGCUUGUACAGCAGUGGUGUAGAGGUCACCAUCGGGAUCCUCAGGCAGAAGUGUAGAGUCGGCCAGGAUUUCAAUGAUGGCGUCAAUGUGGGAGAGGUCUUCGGCAGUUGUAAUGGGCUUUGUGAUUGCUGCUGAAAGUGUAUGGACUGAUUUGGCAACCAGCUCGAUUGCAUUGGCAUUGGUGCUGGUACGGUGGCGGUGGGGCAGGGGCUUUGAGUCGCUGUCAUCAUCCUCGUCCUCUUCACUUUCAGCACAGGCACGUUUUCCAGUCGCUUUGAUUGGUGACUAGAUUGUGUGAGCCCGGAUGCAGCGCAUAUAGUCAGAUGAAGAUGCACCGAGAACAGCUCAUUAUCAAACUGU